CUGGUGUAUCGAGGCAUGGACACGUUGGGGCAUUGGCACAUGGAUGUGUUGGCACCUAGGGGCAUCAGUGGGUCCCACGGGUCGGGGCCAAGGGCAGUCCCUCGGGCACGGGACCAGCUGCAGCAAGGUGACGACACCACAGGAAUUUGGGCACAGGGCACCGAGCCAAACGUGGUUCUUGGAAUUCCCCACAGCUCCCUGGUGCUGAGCUUAUCAGCGCCUCACAGCCACCAUCCCGCACCCCCCACACCCCACGGCUGCCACCCCGGCCACACCCCGGCAUACACAGCUCAGCCGGGUGCCCCGAUGGCCUCCCCGGAGCAUGGGGACCCCUGCCCUGACAGCUCCCUGGACAGGACAGCCAGGUCCAGACCCUUGGCCUGUGCAGAACUGGGAUUCAGGGUGACCUCGAAGCUGAGCAGUGGCCCCUGUCUGGGACAACGCUGUCACAGGGGUGACUCUUCCCAGGAGAUGGACAGGGUCACCAGGCACCUUGUGUUCCAGCUCCCACAGGCCUCACACAGGCACGACUCCCUGGCAGACCUGAGGGCCAACAGUGACAAUGAUGUGUUCAGCUCCGCUCAGCACAGCACCCAGAGGGUGGAAAACGGCUACAGCUGGAAGAGGAGGUCCCAGUCACCCUCGUAUUUCCUGGAGGGUGGAAGAGAUGUCUGGACCCCAUCCCCGGACAGGGAGUCCAAGCUAGAGGUGGUGAGAUCGGGAAGCCUGUAUGACCUCCGGGCUUACAAGGGUGAGAGGAAACCCUCGAAGCUCUACGAUGAUGAUGAACAAGACCUGUACAGGGUCCCUCCGCCCAACAUCUCACCUGAGAAAGCCAGGGAGCUCGAAGAUGAGAGGAAAGAGGUCAUCCGGAGCCAGGUGAUGAGGAAGAGCUCCACCAUCGCAGAGAGGUGGAGCUCCGUGGAUGAGCUGAGCUCCAUCAGCCCUGGCGUGGGCAGCCAAGGUGAAGGCAGGCACACAGGCAGUGUCCCCACCAGCUUUGCCAUCUGCUUUGACAAACCAGGCAGGUCUGCAACGCCUGUUGACCCUGAGAAUAUUGACACGGAGCAGAUCAACUUCUCUGCAGCUCGGCAGCAGUUCCUGAUGCUGGAAAAAACCAGCCCAGGCUCAUUUUUCAGCCCAGGGCAGCAGACCAUGUCCCCAAGGCCAGAGUCGGUGACAAAAGUCUCCAGGGAAGAGUGGUACAGCCCUGAGAUGGCCACAAAGGCUAUGAGAGGCUACGGCAGUGCCCGUGCAUCAAGCCAGAGCAGCACAGACCAGGUUUAUGGUGUGUCCUUGUACAAGACACCUGAGAAAGAGGAGGUUUAUGCUCCCAGAAAGGCUCACAUGGAAAGGUAUCCCAUCGGGAAGACGUCCAUCCUGACCAAAGCAUGGUCCAGAGAAGACCUGGACUCUGGCUUGGGUGAGAUGUAUAACGAAGCCACUGCGGGCUAUGCCAGCGAUGGAAGCACCUCUAACGAGACCUUCCAUGCGGAUCUGAGGGCCAGCAGCAACGGGCUGGGCAAGGAGACAAGGGCCAGCAGUGAGACACCCAUCGAGCGGGAGAUCCGCAUGGCGAUGGAAAGGGAGGAGAACCUCUGGAAGGAAAGGGGGAUGCAGCGACUGACCUCCAGCAGCGAGCUGGUGGAGAUCCAGGCCAAGCCUGUCCUCAACAUUCACACAUCUCCCGGCCCAGGCAGGAAAGGGAAGGACAGAGGCCGCGCUUCCCUUUACGUCCAGAGGGAAAUUGAACAGGAAACGAAGCGUGAGGAAGAUCUGAAGAGGCAGGGGAGGCUGCUGGGGGCGUAUGACAGGGGGACACAGCAGGAGCUGGAGGAGCGCAGGAGGGUGUUCGAGCAGGAGGAAGCCCCCCCACAGAAGCCCACUCCCCUGAAGCGGGCAGAAGAGAGGAGGAGCUGGGUUAAAGAGUUUGUGGUGGAGCAGCCCUCGAGCCCCAGCCCUGCAGAAGACACCAGGGCUACAAGAAGCAUUCCCAGCUACACAGCGAGCAUCGCCCACUUCCAGCUGUCCCAGCCUCGCUUCACUGCCAGCGAGAGGAGCCGGGAGCAGCCCUCGGUGUCCCAGCACGCUUCCGCCAGCGCCAGCAAAUGGGGCAGCGAGGAUGCCUGGGGAGGAAAACUUCCCGGCUCCACCCCGAGCCCCGCCAGCACCGCUGUCCUGCCCAGAGAGUACUUGUCCCUGUCCUUCUGGAAGCCCAAGGUGUCCUUCGCGGAGGACAUGGGGACACAGAGCCCGCUGCGGAGGGACGACGGCCGGGAGGAGCAGUACCGGCUGCGGACGUGGAAGCCGCAGACAUCGGCACUGAUCGAGGAGGAGAUCCGGAGUGACCUGCAGAGGGAAGAGGAGCUCCAGGCGCAGCGGCGGCGGCUGAUGGGCGCCAGCGGCGAGGAUGUUCUCCAGGAGGGCUCCCGCUCUCGGCACAGCUCAGCUGCCUCAGGUGCCAGUGGCAACUACUCAGUGUCCAGCUCUCCUGCGUCCUCUCCUGCCUCACACCAGACGGGGAUCCUGGGGCUGAUCUCAUCUUUCACCCCGCUGAGAGUGACCAGCUCCUCCCAGGGCAGCGCAGAGACCCUCACCCCUGACUCGUCACAUUCCAGCCCCUUUGAGGAGCGGAGGAGGAGGGUGAAGGAGGAUGGAAAGUACGCAGGCAUUGAACCCGUGGACAAGGUCAACACAGAGGUGGUGGAAAGCACCCGAGUGUUUCGCCACAAGAGCCUCAUGGCCCAGCGCUGGGAGGCCGGGCAGUACGUGCGGGAUGAGGACUGAGGGACCCCCGGGCCGGGGGCUGGCCCCGUUCACAAUCAGCUGAUGUAUGACCUAAAUUCUCGAUCAGUUCCACCCUUGGCCGUCGCAACAAUCAGAGACGUGAACCCUGAAAAUCCAUCUGGUUUAUUGUUAAACUGAUAAUCCUUCCAUGCAAUAGAUCUGCUCCUUCCUCCUCCUCCCUUCUGGGUUGGAAGAACGUUUUGUUUUUUUUUUUCUUAAGAGGGAAAAAAUCGGAUCAGUAUCUUUUUAAUCACUUCUGCCUGGAGCCAGCCAGGUGAAAUCACCCAGUAAUUCACUUUGCCCCUCGGGAGCUGUGUCUCAGGCUUACAAAAAAGCUGUUUUAUUUCUCAGUGGUUUUAGGUUUUUAAGUACCAUGAGACUGAGCAUUGCCUUGGGGGUGCCUGAACUGAAGCCUCUGGAUCAAUGUUGCAAUGUGGGACUUGGUAAUCAACAUUGGUUUAAUUCCUGUGAUCCACGGAGAUGCAGCAAUGGAAUAUAAAAAUACAUAUAAAUGCUGUUUAUUUUGCUAAUUUAUUAAAGAAUUGUUAUACUCUGUCGA